CAGCUUUAUAAACCCAAUGCUUACCGUUUGCCAACCAGAGCUCAAUCUGCAAUCGUGCAUUAUCAAUUUUAAGUAUAAACAUGCACUUAAAUACUUUUGCUGUGAUCUUGUUGGGUGUCGUAGCUGUUAGUUUUGCAGCUCCAGGCUACGAUCAUCACAAGCAUGUAGUGAUCCAUGUGCCCUACAAAGUACACACAGUCCACCACCACCACGUGAAAAAGGUGCCUUACCCCGUCCACCACGUAGAAAAGGUCCACGUCCCAGUUCACCACGUUGAAAAAGUACAUGUUCCAGUACCCUACCCAGUGGUGAAGAAAGAGUACGUGCCAGUCAUUGAGAAAGUUCACGUUCCUGUCCACAUCCCAGAGCAUCAUGAGCAUCACGAGCACCACAUUCCCGAGCACCACGAAGAAUCUAAAUGGUCCUUCGACGACGACAAGAAAGGAUGGUGGGAUUAAAUAAGUAAUUUUCAAUAGAUCAUUAUUCUUCAGCAAAUAGUUCAUGAGUAUUCUUAACAAAUCAGUGAAAGGGAACUUUGGAUAUCCAAGGAAGAAAUAACAAAUUUUAGUUACAAUAUAGAGUAAUUAAUAUUUUUAUACCAAAUGUACAU